GUACAACCUGGAAGAAAGAACUUGGAAGAAGAAAAAAAAAAGACAGGAACGCAGGGAUGGUUAUGAACAACUAGAAGAAGGGAAAAACAAGCUCGACGCCACCCAUGAACAACCAAGUUCCUAACAGAAGCUUCGAUGGCGACAAAGGCACCACCUUUUGCGGUGGGGAUGGUGGUUCAUUGUGAGGGUCAGUGGUGUUGGUGGAGAAAUCCAAGUCAUGAAGAACCAGAUCCAGAGAACCUUAAGCAGAGGAAUUUCCAGAGAAGAAUGCUUUUACAACAACCAAAACCUCCACCGAACCCACACUCAUCCCCACCGUAACUCAGAAUAACCCCCACCGCAACCCAAACCAGGCAACCACAACCCACUUGAACCCAGAACCUCACCCCAUCCACAAUGAAAAUCGACCCCCACCCCAGAUCUGAAACCCAACCCGCAACCUCAUUGUUAAGAAAUAAUUGUUUAAUUAAGAAAAUAAAAUUUUUGAAUUAUUUUUUUAUAAAAAAACCGGAAAACCUACACUAACAGGCAAAAAGUGACUUGUACAACUAUGCACAAGUUUUUACUUAUCUAUAUUAAAGAUUUCCGGUAUAAUAAUAAACAAAAUCAUGUUUAAGCAAACAACCAAAACGGUGCUUACAAUUUGCAACUUCCAGAAUUCAAUUGUGAACAAGGUUGUUGUGUGUCACUAAAUUCACCAACAAAUCACAACACCUUUCACUAAUGACAAUGGUUUCAUUGGAUUGUUUUCUUGGUUACAAACCAGCCACGCUUCAUGUUACAAACAGAUAAAGAGCUUUCUCUUCCAUUUCAUGUGAUGAUACAUACAAUGCUAUUGCCACCGAUCCACACCACUUCCAUGGCAUCACGUUCCCUGCGGUUUCUGUCACUGACCCGAAGAGCCUUCUCUUCUUCUUCUCAUGAGGGUCGGGUUUCAUUGGUUCAAGGAGCUUCCAGAGGCAUUGGCCUUGAAUUUGUGAAACAGCUGCUAGAGAACAAUGAGAAAGAGCAUGUUGUUGCUACUUGCCGUAAUCCUAGUGCCUCAACUGGGCUUUUCCAGCUCAAAGAUAAAUUUGCUGAUCGUCUUAGUAUUUUGCAGUUGGAUCUCACUGUUGAAAGUUCCAUUGAGGCAUCUGCAUUGUCAAUAAAAGAGACAUAUGGUCAUCUUAACCUUCUCAUUAAUGCGUCUGGCAUUCUUUCAAUACCUGAAGUAUUGCAACCAGAAACAACAUUGAGCAAAGUGGAGAAGUCAUCUUUAAUGCUUGCAUAUGAAGUUAAUGCUGUGGGUCCUAUCUUAGUUAUCAAGCAUAUGUGGCCUCUUCUAAAAGUUGGAGCUGGCUAUGGGACUGAAAAAAGUCCUGCAGUUGUGGCUAGUUUGAGUGCAAGGGUUGGAUCUAUCGGGGACAAUCGUCUUGGUGGCUGGCACUCUUAUCGAGCUUCAAAGGCUGCUCUUAAUCAAUUAUCAAAGACUAUCUCGACCGAAUUUGCAAGGAAGAAAGAUCCAAUCGCAUGCAUUUUACUGCAUCCUGGUACGGUUGACUCAGAUCUCUCCAGGCCAUUUCAAAAGAAUGUUCCCAAAGAGAAGCUCUUCAGCAAAGAGUUCUCAGUCCAAAAGCUUUUAAGCAUCAUUAACAAUGUGAAGAGGCAUGACAAUGGCAAGUUCUUUGCCUGGGAUGGUCAAGAAAUUCCUUGGUAACCCUAUAAUACCUUUACCUAACAACACAUGUGUGAAAGAUACCAGUAAUAAGCGGCAAAGGUGCGCUAAUGAAAGUAUGACUACAAAAAAUUCGUUGAGUUU